AUGCCAACAGAGGCCUCUUUACCCGUUGCGAUCUUCUCUCCCCCACAAAAUGAUGCUCAAUGGAAGAGGGCCCUCCACGAUGUGAAAUGGCUCUUGUUCAACCAGCAAUACAAGCAAUGUGCUUCGCGGUGCAAUCAACUUAUCGACACUGCGUCUCAUCCGCUCCAUCCGAUUCGUGCAACCUACCUUCACUACUAUGCCGCCACUUCAUAUGAGUACAUGGGACGGGCAGCCCACAUCUAUUCAGCAGUCAAAAUUCCACUUUUGAUCGAUGCCCUGAAUCGUUUUCAGAUUGCUUACGACUCUUUGCCACCUGUUCUACUGCCGGUCCGGGACCCAGAUCAGACAUACUCGCCGAUUUCUCGUCCCUCGCCCACUCCAUCUUCUCGGUCUCCAGUGACUGCUACAUGGAGUCCUGUACUUUCGCCGGCCCCCGAGGCCGAUUCCCAUCCUGGUCCUAGCCCUAGUGCUGAUAGUUUGUCGGCUCAGAAUCUGUCAGCUCACAAUACUAGCCUAUGGCACACUCCUACUUUCUUGCUUGAUCCUUCCCCCUCUGGCUCUCCUAGCUCUUCUAUUACCACUGCUUUUUGCGUCACGCCGUCUCCGGUUGCUCGAACAGUCCCUCGUGUGAACUACAGUACUCCUCCCCCAGUCUUUCAUAUCCAAUCUCCCACCCGCGAUCCUCCUUCCCCGCCUCAUGGCAUUUCCUCUGGCCCAGCUGCGAUAGACCAGCUUGUCUCUUUCGAUAGCGCUAGGAAUGGACUUCCCAGUGGAGGAUCUAUUGUUCGAAGCAUCGCCCGAAUGAUCGACAACUCUGUGCUCACGGCAAGCGACGACCCUUUUAUGACACGCGCACCAUCGCAGGUUCGCCCUCCAAUGCAAGCACCAGUGCGCCUGUCUCCUAUCAAAUUCCCGGCCGAUCUAAAGGAUCCAGUCAAGCAAAGCGAGCUCAUUCCAGCCCCACUUGCAAUCCGAAAGCACUCUGGCGAGAUGCUUAUGUGCAGAACUUCUGCAAUGGUGAUCUGUAAUGAUCCCAUGCGCAAAAGUCUAGACCGUGAGGUGAAGCGACCCAACCGAGUUCGGCCUCCUCGGCUGCCAUUCAAGGUCAUUCCAUCUGCAAAUCUGAAUACUGACACAGAGAAGCCUAGUUCCUCGAUUCUAGCACCGAAACCAAGGCGUGUGAGCCCCCUACUCUUCUCGCCGGUGUCGAUGCCGAUGCCGAUAUCAGCACCCAAGCGCACGUCCUCGCCCAAGCCUCUACCUGCCCCUUCGCCCACCGUGCAGCCCACCGUGCAGAAGCGAGUUCCAGUCCUUGGUUCACCAUUUACCACCCCUCAAGGAUCGCCAGUAAACCGUAGGGCCAACACACUCUCGUCAUGGUCUACUAUGACUUCCCCUGCGCUUGAAAGUGAUCAGGGUGCUACUGAUAUUUCCCAUCUCAACAACACCGUGAGAUGGCUCACUCGGCAUAUCCCUGAAGAUGUGGCCGAGCUCCGUAAGCAGAUCAAACAUGUUGCGGAUAUUCAACAAGCUCGGCGUACUCGCAAUGCAGCAAUGAGCCGGUCUGCCUCCUUCUGGACCUUUUCUCCGAUCAAGCCUAACGCCGAUUCUACAGAGUCUACCGGAUUCCCCCAACCAGGGGAGUCUAAUAUCGAUGAAUAUGGAAAUGUCUUACGUGUUGAGACCAAGGCGCAGCGCAUCCAACGGCUCAGGAAAGAGGGCUGGGUGAUUGGCUUUCGGUCUAAGCAUAGCCUCUGGAAAGGCCCCGAGUACUAUGAUAAGCUAUGUGAAACUGCUUUGGCCGAGCUUGCUCCGACAGGCAUGGGAUCUCGCGAAUGGCAAAAGCGCUAA